GUUGUACAAUACGCUAUAAUACAGUUUGGAGAAAUUAAAAGCAACCUAAACAACCUAAAGAGUCACAAGUAUGGCGAGAUUGAUGAUUGCUGAGGCUUUAAUAAUUUGGUUAAAUUAUUUUCAGCUUGUAUCAUCGACGUCUCGUUCCAUCACGCUUAUUGACAACAUUGGGACAGAAGUUGAUGUACUUGACGCCAUUCCAGCCAAGUUUGGAGAGCUAUUUGGACAAGACGUUACUUUCCAGGGCACUCUCGUCGUCACUGACACUGCAGAGGCAUGCUAUCCUCUCAACAACCCUUGUGACAUCGUUGGUAAAAUUGCCGUUGUCAAGCGGGGCACUUGUAAUUUCAUUUAUAAGGCCUACAAUGCUGAACGUGCGGGUGCUAUUGGAGUUAUCGUGAUGAAUAGCCCAGGCAGAAAUGCAUUAAUAAUGAAAGGUCAGUCUUGUCCUCCUGAAUCUGACGUCACAAUUCCAGCAGUUUUUCUCGACCACAGUGAAGUAGCGACUUUAAUAAAUCAUAUGACAGCGUAUCCUGAUCUUAUUGGCAGAAUUGCAUCUAGAGGUAAUGCGGUAGGAGCGAGCUGCACGGGACAAGGACCUUCUAGCUGUAGAGGAUAUCCUGUAGCAGUGACAGGCUGUCCCUCUAAUUUAUGUACCUGUAAUGGCCCAUGGUUUGUCCCUGCGUCAAAUGGCUGUGAGAGAGAUACGUCCGUUUCCUUGUCUACGUUUUUUAAUUACCCCUCUUGCUCGACCGUUCCGGUAGGUGGAACAUGUGGUCCUGCAGCCCAGAUUUGUGUCGGGUUCCCGAGUUCCCAAUGCAUUAACGGAAUAUGUUCAGGCGGAGUAUGCUACAAUAUCGAGUGUGAUUUCGUCUGGUCUUGCCAUCAGUCAUAUAUCCCUACACAGUCACCCGUUUGUCUACCAACAAGGGAUUCACGUGGAUGUUGCGAGGGCUGCGCCGGGGGUCUUAUUGAUGCUAGUGCCAGUUUUGUUGCCACACAUGAUGAUGCGAGAACCAUUCUGAAUAGAAUUUCAACAUUUACUCUUACGGAACAAGGAUUAAUCAACAGCUUGUUUGCUAGUCCUCUCAAUUCUAACGCUAAUGCAAAUCUACUCUCAAACAUGGUGGUUUUAUUCGACAACUUUGAUUAUGGUGGAGAUCCUUGUACAUUUGGAAGAGGUGCUGCACCUGGGGUAUGGGAUAUUCAUAAUACGGCUGUUGCAUUAUUGGCUUUACUCGAUGAUCCUGCUCGCCCUCCAUUGCAUGAUCCAGAAGACAGUAAAAGAAUAGAUGAAUACAGGAAGAAAAUGCUGUGGAUCAACAAUUGCAUGUUUCCGAGAGUUCUUGAGCUAAAAGGCUUAGAGUGCUUCAAAGAUGAUGACUGCAAUGACGGUGUCUGCAAGGAUGAUUGUUCAGCUUGUGUACAAUGUAGAACUAAUAAUGACUGCACCGACCCGACUAAGCCAAACUGUAGACAAAACGGAGCGGGUAUAAUGAUAUGCGGGGACCCUCAUAUCUCUCAGACUAUUAAGGGUACCGAUCACAGACGACUUUGCUAUGACUUUUUUGGGAAACCUGGAUCAGAGUACCUCUUCCUUAGAGAUCAUGAUAUUGAUAUCAAAUCUACUUUCGUAGAAGAUGAGGCCGUUGAAAAUGGUUUCCUCGUUGAAUACGUCGGUAAUAUUGCUGUGGCCAGAAAGGGUGUCUUAGUGUCGAUUUCUCCUGAUAAAGUGGUUGUAGAAACAUCUGAAGAACAAACUAAUUACAGCUGGAAAGAACAAAUUGUUGAACUUGAUGAUGCAUGGAUGACAGUCAAAAGAAAGCAAAUACAAAUUUCCUUCAAUAAUGCGACGACGACACUCGUAGUCACACGUAAAGGACGUGCGAAGAGCUCGCCAUUUCUUAACUUUGGUGUUACAGAAAAGACGGGUCUAUCAAGAGACGCCGGUGGAAUAAUGGGAUGGAUUGGUAACGAAGCUAUUUUUAAUGAUGACGGCUCCGAUUCUGGCCAAGUAACGUUUGGCAACAUCACGAUCCCUGUGCACGACAGCAGAGAUGGCUGCCUGAGAAUUGAUGAAGAAUAUUUGAACAAAUUCAGCUCUAUUCUCCAGAUGUUCGAAAUAGAAUAA